GGCUAUAAAGCCAUGAUGCCUCUCUGAAAGUCUAACUUAUCGAGCCCCCCUCUCAAGCUGCCUCAGCUCGCGCCAACCACCAGCUUCCGCUCCCCAAUUCUUGGAAAUUGGUUUCAGAACUCACAAGAAUGGUCAAGAUCAAUUCCAUUGCCGCUCUGGCAGCCUCAAUUGCUGCUGUGUCUGCUCAGACCUACCAGCGUCUCGGCACAUGUCCCACUCUGGGCUGUGUUCUUCCCCCCGACCAGAGUGAUUUCCUGCCUGGCCAGCUCUUCGAUCUCCGUGUCGAGGUCCACGCUCCCGUAAACGGCUCUGAGGCUGCUCACAACGGAAAGCCUGACGAGAAGUUCACUGUGACAAUCGCCAAGAAGGGCCAAAAGGCCAAGGAUUUUGCAAAGGCCUUUGGUGUUAGUGAGCCCAAGCUCGAGACAUGGAAGUUCAAGUGGUACGAGGAUCUAUUUGCCGAAGACGAGGACAAGCCCAGCAUUGUCAACGUUGCUUCCAAGGUCUACCGCAAGAUUGCCCUCUACGAACCCGGCACGUACACCGUUACCCUCAACUACUACAAUGGCGAGAAGACCACUGCCGAGUGGACUGUUCGCGAGCUUCAGCCUAAGCGAAAAGCCAAGAAUGUCAUCUUCUUUAUUGGUGAUGGCAUGACCACCAACAUGAUCACUGCCGCUCGUCUUUUGGGACACAAGAGCAUCAACGGAAAGUACCAGACCCUGAUGAAGCUGGACGAGUUCCCUGUUCUCGGUCACCAGAUGACCCAUUCGAUCGACAGCUACAUCACCGACUCUGCCAACUCCGCCUCUGCUCUUUACACUGGCCACAAGAGCACUGUCAACGCCAUGGGUGUCUACGCUGAUUCAUCUCCCAACCCCUUCGAUGACCCCAAGGUUGAGACCAUUGUCGAGGUCUUCAAGCGUGUCUGGGGCGGUGCUUGGGGUGCUGUUUCUACCGCUUUCCUUGCCGAUGCUACCCCCAUUGCUCUCAGUGGUCACACCCGUCUCCGAGGCCAGUACGGUCCUUUGAUCGACCAGGCUCUCAACGGCAUGACCAACUACAGCUGGACCCAGCACGGUGGCCCCGAUGUUUUCUUUGGUGGCGGUGCUGAGAACUUCUUCGCCGGUAAGGGCUCUUACCAGGGCAAGGACUACUACAAGGAGUUCCAGAAGAAGGGCUACACCGUCUCUCUUAACAAGACCUCUCUCCUCAAGGCCGAUAAGAGCAAGCGUGCUCUCGGUGUUUUCUGCCAGAGCAACCUCCCCGUCUGGCUCGACCGCAACGUCUACAAGGACAACCUCGAGGGCCGCGACAACAACCCUACCGGCGGUAAGGGUGAUGCUUCUGAUCUCCCUGGUCUCAAGGACAUGACCCUCAAGGCCAUUGACGUUCUUGCUACCCGUGGUAAGGACAAGGGUUUCUUCCUCAUGUCUGAGGCUGCCUCUAUCGACAAGCAGAUGCAUGCUCUUGACUACGACCGUGCUCUCGGUGAUCUUCUCGAGCUUGACGAUACCGUCCGUGCUACUGUUGAGAAGCUCAAGAAGCUCAAGAUUCUCGAUGAGACCCUCAUCAUCGUCUCUGCUGAUCACGGCCACGGUUUCGACGUUUACGGUUCCGCCGACACUGAGUACCUCGCCCAGCAGGAGGAUGACCGCGACAGGCGCCGUGCCAUCGGCACCUACGCUCAGUCCGGUGAGUCUCAGUACACCAAGAAGGCCAAGGGCAUCAACUACGGCACUGGCGCCAACUUCCCUACCAACUGGGAGCCCCGAUACGCCAUCGCCGCUGGUGUCGCUGCCGUCCCUGACCACCGUGAGGACUACAAGGUCAAGAAGGCCGGCCCCCGCGAGGCUGCCGUCGAGCUCAAGGACGAUGACUACUACGCCAACCCCGAGGACUCUCCCAAGGGUUUCCUCAUCAACGGUACUAUCAGCACUGAUAACGCCCAGGGUGUUCACUCUCUCACCGAUGUCCCUGUCUAUGCUCUUGGUCCUUGUCAGGAGACUUUCAGUGGCACUUUCAACAACGUUGACAUCUUUUACAAGAUUUCCAACUGCCUUGGUCUUGCUCAGGGCAAGAAGCAGGGUUAUUAGAGAAUUAUGAAUCGGAGGCGGUGGUAUGCUUACGACGAGAUGAACAAGUGAUGUAUAAGUUGGUAGAUGAUAGAGAUGCAAGUGCUGCGAGGUGUAAUAAGGGGAACUUUUGAGCAAUGAGCAAUACAGAUUUGGAUAUUCACAGAUUUUUAUUCAUUCGCAUUCCGAAUGCGAGCAUAUCUGGAUGUUAAUUGUUACAGAUUUCUGGUGGUCUUCCUCGGGGCCAUGCCAAUUUGACUCAUGGGCUUUCUUGCUGACAGCGAAUUCCGAGGCAAUUCCAGACUUUUUCUAAGUCGUCACUCAUAAAUCAUAAAUUCAUAACCCUUUCCUU